CCAGAAUCCCCAGCCAUUGUUUGUACUAAACCCCAAAUGUUGCGGAUUCAGUGGAAAGGAAAUCAUUUUGUUUUCUGAAUUUUCUGUUUGUUUCCCGGGAAAAUGGCACUCGGCGAAGAACCGGCUGGAUUAUAUGUUGGAGGCUGCUAGAGGAAAUCAAAGGGAGCGGCAAGUCACCAAAGAGAUCGUAUACAUCUUUCUCGUCAAGUGGGGCCCACUCACGAGCGAUUAUCACACAUCGUCCGUUGAUCUGUCUCCAAGAAGUCUGGAGAAGCACGGCCGUCCGAUGAACGACGCAGUCAAAGUCACUGAACUCAAAGGAAGCCUCCUCGAGAGAAUGGACAAGAUUGAGGAUAGAGUCCUCAAGCUUUGUUUGCAAGUAGAGGGAGAGAUUGAAAGGGAGAGGGAGAUGAUAAUGGUUGAGAAGAGUAGGAAGAAGCCUAAGAAGAGCUUUAAACAACUUUUUCAACACUGUAUCACCUGGACGGGAAAGAUUUGAUUUACGGUUUCGAUUAAUGUAUGACUUGUGAUGACUCGACUUCACUUGACCUUUUAAUCUCGAGUUGGAUAGUUUUGGUUGACGAGCAUCAGUGUACAAUGAUCGUCAAUCAAGUUAUGCGUAGGACAUUUAGGUAGGAGGGUUGAGGGUUAAUCCUGAAUUUGUUUAGAUAAGGUCGGGAGUCUUGUUCUUAUAAAGCUAUUUAUACAAUCAACUUGUAAUUAUAUAAAUAAUUUGAUCCGAUGUGGGAUAUCUUAUACAGUUUAUAUACGAUUGUGCCCUAAACUUGGAGGGUCAUUUUUCA